ACACACGCCUUCCAGUCCCUCCACUCAGAGCAGCCCUGAGACCGCUGCCGUCGCCGCUGCUUUCGCUGCUACGGCUCUGACACCUGAGGAGACCGCCUGGACUCGCCGCCCCUGUGGCCACCCCCGGCGAUUCCUGCCUAGCACCGGGCUUUUUAUGCACACUGCCACUACCAUUAUUAUUAUUAUUCCAAGAGAGGGAGAACAACAGACCAGCCUGAAAGAACCACGUACACCUUUCUGAAAUAGUGAAGUGUCUCCUGGGAAGAGAGGGUCGUCGGUCCCGGGAGAAGGAGCCACUGGGGCCAAGGGCAGGUGUUGAAGGGGAGGAAGGAAGAGUUGGGGCACUGCGUGGUGGAAAGUUGCUUGCGGCGGAGAGCCGAAGGUCCAGCGCCACAGCCCAGGGGGGGCGGUGUGCCUGGGAGAAGCCGCUGCCCCCUGCGUUGGGACCUGCGAGCUCGCGGGCAGCGCGGGGCCGGGACGACGCCCCCUCCUGCGGCGCGGACGCUGUCGGUGGCCCCCAAAGAGGACGAGGAGGAGGAAUAUGGCAUCGAAGGCGGGCCCCUCCUGCCGUCUAGUCUUCUGCCUCUUGAUCUCCGCCGCUGUCCUCCGGCCAGGCCUUGGAUGGUAUACUGUAAAUUCAGCAUAUGGAGAUACCAUUAUUAUGCCUUGCCGACUUGAUGUACCUCACAAUCUCAUGUUUGGAAAAUGGAAAUAUGAAAAGCCCGAUGGCUCCCCAGUAUUUAUUGCCUUCAGGUCCUCUACAAAGAAAAGUGUGCAAUAUGAUGAUGUGCCAGAAUACAAAGACAGAUUGAGCCUCUCAGAAAACUACACUUUGUCUAUCAGUAACGCAAGGAUCAGUGAUGAGAAGAGAUUUGUGUGCAUGCUAGUAACUGAGGACAACGUGUUUGAGGCACCUACAACAGUCAAGGUGUUCAAGCAACCAUCUAAACCUGAAAUUGUAAGCAAAGCACCUUUUCUUGAAACAGAGCAGCUAAAACAGUUGGGAGACUGCAUUUCAAAAGACAGUUAUCCAGAUGGCAACAUCACGUGGUACAGGAAUGGAAAAGUGCUACAACCUCUUGAAGGAGUGGUGGUCAUAAUUUUUAAAAAGCAAAUGGACCCGGUAACUCAGCUCUAUACCAUGACUUCAUCCCUGGAAUACAAGGCAACCAAGGCUGACAUACAAAUGCCAUUCACCUGCUCUGUGACAUAUUUUGGACCAUCUGGCCAGAAAACAGUUCAUUCUGAACAAGCAAUCUUUGAUAUUUAUUAUCCUACUGAACAAGUGACAAUACAAGUGCUGCCAUCAAAAAAUGCCAUCAAAGAAGGGGAUAACAUCACUCUCAAGUGCUUGGGAAAUGGUAACCCUCCUCCUGAGGAAUUUUUGUUUUACUUACCAGGACAGCCUGAAGGAAUAAGAAGCUCAAAUACUUACACGUUGACAGAUGUGAGGCGCAAUGCAACAGGAGACUACAAAUGCUCCCUGAUAGACAAAAGAAGCAUGAUUGCUUCAACAGCCAUCACAGUUCACUAUUUGGAUUUGUCCUUAAACCCAAGUGGGGAAGUGACCAAGCAGAUUGGUGAUGCCUUGCCUGUGUCAUGCACGAUAUCUGCUAGUAGGAAUGCAACUGUGGUAUGGAUGAAAGAUAACAUCAGGCUUCGAUCUAGCCCAUCAUUUUCUAGUCUCCAUUAUCAGGACGCUGGAAACUAUGUCUGUGAAACUGCUCUGCAGGAGGUGGAAGGCCUGAAGAAAAGAGAGUCGUUGACACUGAUCGUAGAAGGAAAACCUCAAAUCAAAAUGACAAAGAAAACUGAUCCCAGUGGACUGUCUAAAACAAUAAUCUGCCAUGUGGAAGGUUUUCCGAAGCCAGCUAUACAGUGGACAAUUACUGGCAGUGGAAGCGUCAUAAACCAAGCAAAGGAAUCUCCUUAUAUAAAUGGCAGGUAUUAUAGUAAAAUUAUCAUUUCCCCUGAAGAGAAUGUUACAUUAACUUGCACAGCAGAAAACCAGCUGGAGAGAACAGUAAACUCCUUGAAUGUCUCUGCUAUAAGUAUUCCAGAGCACGAUGAGGCAGACGAGAUAAGUGAUGAAAACAGAGAAAAGGUGAAUGACCAGGCAAAACUAAUUGUGGGAAUCGUAGUUGGUCUCCUCCUCGCUGCCCUGGUUGCUGGCGUUGUCUACUGGCUGUAUAUGAAGAAAUCAAAGACUGCCUCAAAACAUGUAAACAAGGACCUUGGUAAUCUGGAGGAAAACAAAAAGUUAGAAGAAAACAAUCACAAAACAGAAGCCUAAGAAAGAAACUGUUCUAAAGUGUUGUCCAG